AGCCAUUUUGGCUCAAGUCGCAAUUUGGGCUCAAGCACGGUGAUCAUCACUGUUCCUUGGCUGCUCUUCAUUCUCCCUACCUUCUUGUAUUUGUGCAUACCGACGUUCCUCAGUGAUGUGGCGCGUUGUGUUUGCUGCGUUGCUUUUGGGACAAUGUGUAGUGGUUUCACAAGCUCUUGCAACAAGGGCAGACAGCCUCCUCGGCAGCAGCACGUUCUUAGACUUGGACCAUGUUGAGCGGUUCGAGUCGAGUUUGUCCAUGGAAUUGGGUGGUACGGCGGAGCUGGAAAGCCAAGACAUGUUGGGCACGACUUUGUCCCCCGAAGACCGCGUCAAAGCACAUAAUCGAAAGUUCGAGGCGGAGUUCGUCGUGGAGUUGAACAUGACCGAAGCGCACGAGCGUGGCGCCAAGUUGGGGAUCAUCAUCAACAGGAACGCCGACUUCGAGGCUGCAACGAUAUACAAAGUGCAGAAAGUUGGUCUGAUUGGAGUGGAACAGGGCCCACCCAGGAAAGGACGUGCACGUCGGCGACGAGCUUGUCCAAGUCAACGACAUCCAGUGGCACGCGAACACGGAAACGUUCAUGAAUCGCAUCAAGGGUAAAUUCAUUGCGGGCCGCAAGCAAGUGGCUGGGGCGAGUGAUAUUUUGAGGCUCUACAUCCAAAGGCCAAGGGUUUGGAAGCAUAAGCGUUUCGCGUUGCAGCGUCAGGACAUGCACGACAAGAAAUACGCAGCGGAUUUUGUCGCUGAGAUUCCUAUGGAUGGAAUCUUGGACGGUAUCCCGUACGCAGCGGAGAUCGUGGGAAAUAACACUCUUACGUCCAUGGACUACCUAAUGGGUUGGACGCUGGGCUUCCAAAGGAGCAGCGACUGGCAGCCAGCAACGAUCCGCAAGAUUGAGCGCCAUUGCGCCCUGGCCAAGUGGAACAAGAAGAACGCGGACAAGCUGAUUCUGGAAGGGGACGAGAUCCUCAAGGUCGACAAGGUCAUCUGGCAGCACAACUCCACGAUCUUCAUGAAGAAUCUCAAGCGCCACUUCAAGGCUAUCCUGGAGGCGAAUGCGGGCGACAAAUCUUGGUCGGUGGUCCUCACCAUUCGAAGGCCGCGGCCGGUCCAGGAUGCUUUCGACGAGGCACAUCCUGUGCAGGAGAUCGUGUCGUGGAGCAGGACGAACACCAGUGUCGCGCUUCGUUUCAAUAAGUCAGGUGAGACCAAUCUUCUUGGCUGGAAGCUCUCCCCUGGCGCCACAUCCGCCACUGGGGUCGAAGGGCCCGUUCUCGUCGAGAAGGUCCGGGGGACGGGCCUGGUGGCCGAGUGGAACGCCGCGAACCCAGACAAGGCGAUCAACUCCAGCGACCAGAUCGUCACGCUAAACGGCGUGGCGUGGGACAAGUACGCCAGCGCUCAGGAUUUCUACGACGCUGUCCAGACCGCGCUCACCACUGCCAUCCACGCGGGACCUGCGGGCGACGCUGUCCAGCUCACCCUAGAGAGGCCCGUGCGAAGUGUACAGUACCACCGCCAGAACAUAGAGCACGGGGUGCACACGGUGUAUUACUUGCACGCCACGACCACACCUGUUCCUGAGGUCGGGACUGACAUUGCAGACAAGCAGCUCCGUGCUAAGGACGACUCGGUUGAUAACACUGGCGCCACCGGUGUUGAUAAGCCAGUCGGUGCAGAGGAGGACUCGGACGGAGUCAUCGGUGCCACCGAAGAUGAUGCUAAAGCAAUCAGUGCCGAGGAUGACUCCGACGGUGUCAUAGGUGCCUCCGAAUAUGAUGAUAAGGCAGCCGGUGCCCAGGAAGACUCGGGCGGUGCCAUCGGUGCUUCCGAUGAUGAUCCUUAGGCAGGCCUCUUGAGCCGUCUCGUGCGAUUUCAAGGCAUACAGACAACUAGCAUAUCGAGAAAGGCGAGCACGUUUACAUCCGCCACUGCGCUCGCAGCGGUUGGUGUGUGUGCUUCAGGCCCUUGCUCUGUUCGUCACCUUCUCCAAGCAGUGCUUGCUCUGCGGGGUGCCUACAUACUUGUGUUCUGUCUGCUCCGCUCAGAUUGCACGAAAUCACUGUUUAGGGUCCACGCUGGCCAGCAUCGCAUUUAACGAAGCAAUGAGUAUGCAACCCCAACGCAUCCAGCCCAACAUGCGUUCAGUUUGUUGACCAAGUCAAUGCGUUCUUUCUUGCGUGGUCAAUACGACCCAUACGCUCGGCGGCUGGA